UCUCGCGCUCCCUUUUGUCUCCCUGUCUGUACCACUACCAACAACCAAAGCCCUAGAACAAAUCACCCUUCACCUCCGCUCCCGGUUCAAUUAAUUUUGGAAUUUCCCCCCUUUCUUAAUGGCUUGUACAUCUGCCUCGUCGGCUCCGAGCUCUCCUCAGCUCCGCUUGGGCUUGCGUUGCAUGGAUUGCAGAGAAUCACGCGUGGUUCUCGUGGGGACACGGGCGGGAAUGCUCGACGGUCGUCGUCUUCGCAUGCUCUCUGUUCCAAGAAGCAGGAGUAAAGGACUGGGACGGCUUCGUAAUGUUGCUUCGCGGGUUGUGUCGGACUCCACUGCUGGGUCGGAUACUUUUUCAGGAUGGUCCGAUUCGGAUAGUGUUGAAGAUUCCAUUGAAUCGGGAAGGAACAAAUGGUUUGGAGGAAUUGUGGGAGCUGGAUCAGCUGGACUUGUUCUGGUAGCAGGGCUUUCUUUUGCUGCAAUGUCCCUAAGUAAUCGGACUGCUUCGAGACCAAAGCAGCAGUCAGAACCCUUAACAGCUCAACAGGAAGUUUCAAUUGAUACUGAAGGUGAAAAAGCUGAAGAAAAUGAAAUUGAAACAGAAAUACAUAAGGAUCUUUCUGCGCCUUCAGAAUUCAAUGACACUUCUGCUGAUAAUAAUACUGAUAAUGACAAUGGGACAUACUUAGUAGACAGUUCCACAUCCAAUGGUAAUAGUGCCAGUAAUACUGCUCCAGAUCCAGGAUACAUGCAAAAUGGUUCAUCUUUGAAUGGGGAGUCAGUUUUCCCAGACGCAACUCCAAUAUCACCUAAUUUGCCAGAAACUGAAGUUGUGGGUGGCUCUUUUGUUGCACCAGGCCUUGAAGAAUCAGAUAGCAACCUUGAUAUCGAUUCACCUGAAGCAACUUCCAAGAUUGAAGAUAAAUUGAUUAAUGUCCGGACAUGUAUUGAUACUAACUUGUCUGACCCAAUAAACCUAGACAAUGGUCUUGAUGAGGGAUUACUUGGAUCAGAAGGAAAAGAUAAUUCCAAUAUCUCGGAUUUUUCUUCUACUUCCAGUUCAGUCACUGAUCCUUCGAUUGUGAGUUUCUCAGUUAAUUCAGAGUCGGAACCAAUUGUAGAACAUCGGAUUGUACCCGAAGACAAUAUGGAAACCAUAGAAUCAUCUCUAACUAAAGAAAACCUUGGGAGACAAAAAUUGUCUCCGCUCUUAGUUGAAUUAAAGAAUUCAUCUCUGGAAGUGAAUAAGUUAAAUGAGACUGAGUCAUCUGAAACAACUCCCGUGUCAGCACCAGCUCAUUCGUUAACAAUUGAGCAAGGGAACGUUAAUUAUAAUGAAAUAAAAGAUAGCAGACCAGUUUCUGAAUCACCAACUCCAAGGAGUUCCUUCUCCCCAGCUGGUAUACCUGCUCCGUCUGUAGUUUCCUCAGAUCUACAGGUUCAUCCAGGGAAGGUUCUAGUUCCUGCAGUUGUUGAUCAGGUUCAGGGGCAGGCACUUGCAGCCCUUCAAGUUUUGAAGGUUAUUGAGGCUGAUGCUCUACCUGGUGAUCUCUGUAAACGUCGUGAGUAUGCUCGGUGGUUAGUGUCGGCAAGCAGUGCUCUUUCGAGGAAUGUAGUAUCAAAAGUUUAUCCUGCAAUGUAUAUUGAGAAUGUUACCGAACUUGCAUUUGAUGACAUAACGACUGAAGAUCCUGAUUUUUCAUCGAUUCAAGGCUUGGCAGAGGCUGGACUUAUCUCAAGCAAGCUUUCAAAUCAAGAUUUAUUUAGUAACAAUCUAGGUCCAUUUUACUUUUCUCCAGAAAGCCCUCUAUCACGCCAGGAUCUUAUAUGUUGGAAAAUGGCCUUGGAGAGAAGACAGCUUCCAGAAGCUGACAGAAAGAUCCUCUACCAACUUUCUGGUUUCAUAGACAUUGAUAAGAUAAAUCCAGAGGCAUGGCCUGCACUCAUGGCAGACUUGUCUACUGAAGAACAAGGAAUAAUAGCACUUGCUUUUGGUUGUACAAGAAUGUUCCAGCCAAAUAAGCCUGUGACAAAAGCCCAAGCUGCCAUUGCUAUUGCAACUGGUGAAGCUUCUGACAUAGUAAGUGAGGAGCUUGCUCGUAUCGAAGCUGAAUCAAUUGCGGAAAAUGCAGUAUCUGCUCACAAUGCUUUAGUAGCUGAAGUUGAGAAAGAUAUGAAUGCUAGUUUUGAGAAAGAACUUUUAAUUGAACGGGAAAAGAUUGAUGCUGUGGAAAAAAUGGCUGAAGAGGCAAAGCAUGAACUGGAAAGGUUAAGAGCUGAGAGAGAGGAAGAGAAUAUUGCCUUAAUGAAGGACCGUGCUGCUAUCGGCGCUGAAAUGGAAAUUCUUUCAAGGUUAAGGCGUGAAGUGGAGGAGCAGUUGGAAAACAUCAUGAGUGACAAAGUAGAGAUAUCAUAUGAGAAGGAAAGGAUUAGCAAACUACGAAAAGAAACAGAGGAUGAAACCCAGGAGAUUGUCAGGUUACAGCAUGAGUUGGAGGUGGAAAGAAAAGCCUUAUCAAUGGCCAGGGCUUGGGCUGAGGAUGAGGCAAAAAGAGCAAGAGAACAGGCAAAAGCCCUGGAGGAAGCUAGAGAACGCUGGACGAGGCACGACAUCAAAGUGGUCGUAGACAAUGACCUCCUUGAAGAGAGCGUUGCAGGAGAUAUUUGGGUAAAUGUGGAGAAGCCUGUUGCAGUUGAAGGAACUAUUAGCCGGGCCGAAGCUUUGUUAGGAAAGCUCAGGAUAUUGGCUAGUGAAGUAAAAGGCAAAUCUAGAGAAUUCAUCAAUAAGAUUGUCCAGAGGAUCCAGCAUUUGAUUUCGGUGUUGCAGAAGUGGGGCUCCGAGGCAGGUGCAAAGGCAGAAGAAUUGAAAGACAGGGUUGUGUCGAAGGCAAGGGGAUCAGUACAAGAGGUGCAGCGGAGCACAGCGGGAUUUAGCUCGGCCGUUAAAGAAGGUGCAAAACGAGUGGCAGAGGAUUGUCGUGAAGGAGUCGAGAAACUCAGCCAGAAGUUCAGAACAUAGCCUCCAAAGAGGUCAGUAUUUUGAUGGACACUAAUAAAUAAAUUGUGCAGCUGAGAAGCAUGUAGUUCUUCCUCUGAUCUCUGUCAGAUCUUAUUAGAUGGUACGAGCUACCAAUGCGGUGAUGAUUUUGUAAUAAUUGAAAUCAAUUUGCUGCUGUUAUUCUGUUUUGUUUUGUAGCAAUAAUUAAAUAUAAGUUUUGAAAAGUAUGAAACAAAUAUUUAAGUUGGUUCAA